AUGACAGUUAGUGCGCCCGAAAUGCAAAGUCCAACUUACAUUGACCGGGAGCUUUCACAAUCGUUGAACUCAACAGACUCCUUCGAGGGCCCCGAAAAACUUUUGGAGAUUUGGUUUUACCCCGACGUGGAGUCGAUUCCAAACAGCGGUAAAACGCUGCGUUCGAUCCCGUUCGAGAAUUGGGUCGAGAUUUUGCAACUGGUCAAGUGCCAGGUGUUGUCGAUGAAUCGAUCCGAAAAACUCGACGCUUAUUUGCUCAGCGAGUCGUCGCUUUUCGUUUUUGACCACAAACUGACGCUUAAGACGUGCGGCACAACGACGACGCUUUUCUGUCUCGAAGCUUUGUUCGCUCUCGUCAAGCAGGUCCUGGGCUGGAGCUUCGAAAACGGGCUGAAAAUGAAUCCUUACAAAGUAUUCUAUUCCAGACGCUGUUUCAUGUUCCCAGCCAAACAGAGCUGGAUCCAUAGAAAUUGGAACGACGAAGUCAAUUUUUUGGACCGCUUUUUCUGGCACGGUAAGAACUAUCUGGUCGGCCGUCUCGACCAGGCAAACCACUGGAAUUUGUACGUUACAGACAGCAACCAGGACUUGAAAACCCGAGAACUUUCGGACGAAACGGAUGAAGACGAGACGUUGGAGAUCCUCAUGACGGGCCUAAAACCCAACAAAGCACAACAGUUUGUCAUAGGCAAUCGCGAAGAUCGUCCACCACAAUCCGAGGAGCCAGAGAAAGACCCGGGUCACGUGCUCGGAGCCGAGAUCACCCGGACCACCAAGUUGGAUCGCGUUUACGACUGUGGUGGUGGUGAUAGUGACCAGCAGCAGCAGCAGUCACGGAAUCUUUCGCUUCGCGAGGACUCCUUUGCGUUCUCGCCUUGUGGUUACUCGUCUAACGUAAUUGUCGACGGACAAUACUACUACACUUUACAUGUGACCCCAGAAGAUGGCUGGUCGUAUGCCUCUUUCGAGAGCAACGUUCCUGCAAACCUCAUCAGCCAAGGAAGACAAGACCAGGUAAACGUGAUCAGACACGUCCUGGACACUUUCCAACCCAGUGAAUUUUGCUUAACGUUUUUCGCUCGCGACACCGCGAACGAGAAUUUUUACAAACUCGUCAAACUAUGCGACAACAUUCCUAACUAUGUCAAGAAAGACAAGAUCAUCUAUGAUUUAGACGAAUACCAAUUGCUUUAUCUCAGAUUCUCAGCUCGUCCGCUUGUAUAG